UUACCCUUUGCAACUCUUAAGCCCAAACAAAGGUCUUCCACAGCGCCCCAAGCAAAAGAGCAGUCCCCCCUCUGCGCAUACUCCGAAACUCCCAAGUUCCAUGCUCGCCCGCGUUCACCGAUGCAAUCCCCUCCGUCUCUCCGCUAAAUCUCCUAUCCUCCUCUCCAUGACGUCCUUGCUCUCGGCUAAUCACUCGGCCAGCGCCGCGAGGCUCGACUCCGACGACGAGCCUGUCCCCGCGGCCUCGACCUCCAGCCCCGACGACCCUGUUCGCCAACUCAUCAGCGGGUUGAGGGGUUCGGGAGUGGAGGCGUUCCUCGCCUCGCCUCACUCUGGGGCUGUAGUUUCCAAGUUGAGCCGGUCUCAGGUCGACCGAGUAGUGGAUGCUCUGAAGGUCGGGAGCCCGGAUUUGGCCGUUGGUUUCUUCGAUGUUUUGAGGAAUGAGUAUGGGUUUAGGCAUUCGAGGUUCGCUUGGUUACUGGUCUCGCACGUUUUAGCUGGGAAGUGGGAGCUGGGGCGAUUGCGUUGGGUUCUUCAGCAAAUGCUGGAGGAGGAAGGCUCUGGCUCCGCACCUGCUCUUUGCGAGGUUUUGUCAAAUAGCUUCCACGACUGGAAAUCAAGUGGCGUUGUGUGGGAUGUUCUUGCCUUUUCUUAUUCAAGAGCCAGGAUGGUGCAUGAUGCCCUCUUUGUCCUUGCCAAGAUGAAGGAUUUAAGAUUUCAAGCUUCUAUAACGACAUAUAAUAGUCUACUGCAUAACUUGAGGCACACUGAUAUCAUGUGGGACGUGUAUAAUGAUAUCAGAGCGAGCGGCAUCCCUCACAGUGAAUACACUAAUUCCAUCAUAUUGGACGGCCUUUGUGCCCAGUCAAGAUUUCAAGAUGCAGUUUCAUUCUUCUGGGAGACUAAUGAGAUGGAGUUUGGGCCCUCGGUUGUGUCGUUUAAUACCCUCAUGUCAAGGUUUUGUAAAUUGGGUUUUCUGGAUGUUGCUCGGUCAUUCUUUUGUACGAUGCUGAAGUCUGGACUGCCACCUGAUACAUACACUUACAAUAUCCUCAUCCAUGGUUUGUGUGUAGCAGGUUCCAUGGAAGAGGCAAUAAAGUUUGCGAAUGACCUGGAGAAGAAUGGACUGGGUCCGGAUGUUGUGACAUUCAAUAUUCUUGCUAAAGGAUUUCAUCUACUGGGUCUAAUGAAUGGGGCUUCAGACGUCAUUAAGAAAAUGCUGCUCAAAGGGUUGCAUCCUGAUCAGGUAACGUGCACCAUUCUUAUAUGCGGGCAUUGCCACGCAGGUGAUAUAGAUGAAGGCUUGAGGCUUAGGGAGGAGAUGCUUUCAUUGAAUUUUCCAUUGAGUUGCAUCUCAUACACAGUACUGCUCAGCAGCCUGUGUAAAAGUGGUCGAGUUGUGGAAGCAUUGAAAUUGCUGCAUGAAAUGGAAGCUACUGGCGUACAACCAGAUGUAGUGACGUAUUCUAUCCUCAUCCAUUGGCUUUGCAAGCAAGGAGAAGUUCAAAAAGCUAUUAUGGUCUAUCAGGACAUGAUCUCAAAGAGGAUCUUUCCAAAUUCUUUUUCACAAACUUCCAUUUUGCUGGGUGUGUGUCAAAGGAAAACUAUAGAAGAGGCUAGGAACUAUUUUGAUGUACUCACAAGAAGCAAUUUGACAGAUUGUGUUGUUUGGUACAACAUUAUGAUUGAUCGGUAUGCAAAAUGUGGAAAAAUUGGCGAAGCUGUUGAUCUCUUCAAACAGAUUAUUACAAAGGGGAUCACUCCUAGUACUGUAACUUUUAACUCUCUCAUAUAUGGAUUCUGCAAACAAAGAAAACUUGACGAGGCUAGGUGGUGGUUGGAUGCUAUGAAGUUAUAUGGACUGAUACCUAGCGCCAUAACUUAUACUAUACUGAUGAAUGCAUUUUGCGAACAAAGUAAUAUGCAAAGGGUGCUGGCAUUGUUUCAUGAGAUGGAAACAAAAGCUGUCGUUCCAACCCAUGUCACGUACACAGUGAUCAUUAAAGGACUUUGCAGGCGAUGGAAGCUGCAAGAGGCUGUACAAAUCCUUAAUGACAUGUAUGCUAAGGGCUUAAGACCCGAUCAAGUCGCCUAUAAUACUAUUAUUCAGAGUUUCUGCAAAGCAAGAAACCUGGAAAAUGCAUUUCAGUUGCUCAAUGAGAUGUUAGUGCAUGACCUUGUGCCCACUCCAGUUACUUAUAAUCUACUUAUCAACGGGCUUUGUGUUUAUGGUGAAUUAGCAGAGGCUGAUAGGUUGCUGGAUUCUCUUCAAGACAGAAAUGUAAACCUGACAAAGGUUGCUUAUACCACCAUCAUCAAAGCACAUUGUGCAAAGGGCGAUGUGCAAAAAGCUAUUUUUUACUUCAGUCAAAUGAUGGAGAAGAGAUUUGAAAUAUCAAUUAGAGAUUAUAGUGCUGUAAUUAAUAGAUUAUGCAAACGGUCCUUACUUACUGAAGUUAAACUUUUUUUCCUUAUGAUGUUAUAUGAUGGCAUCUCUCCAGAUCAUCAGAUGUGUGAAGCAAUGCUCAAUGCUUUUCAUGAGGGCGGGGGCCUUCAAUCAUAUUUCCAACUUCUGGGCCAGAUGAUUAAAUUUGGCUUACUCCUAGAUUAA